GAGUGUUCGUCAGGGGUUUUUGCGGUGGCAGCUGUGCUCACAAGCGCUCUUUAUCGAUACGACGCAUGUGCCAUGGCGAAGGAGAAGAAGAAAAAGUUGAGCAACUUGCCUUCCUGUGCGCCCCCCCCACGGGCUUGAGAACCUCUCUCUGAUUGCAGCUCCGGUCCAUGUGACUCCGCUUCCGUUGGCUGCCUGCUUCCGUGAAGAGUCGAACAACAACAAAAAAAGGUGUCAGUUCUUUAAGUCAGGACAGCACUGGAGCAUCACGCAUGAGAACACACACUACGGCGGCGGCGACAUGGUCAUGGGAACAGGCGUUUGUGGCUUGGGGAAUCCACACCUAACCACCACCUGAGGAUGUUAAAAUGUCAGUUCACGGCCCUUCGCUGUGUCGCUUACUAUUCUUCUUCAUGUCCCUACGGAGCACCUUGACGCCGGCCUCAAGUCAUCCACCACAUCAUCCGUGCCGCCUGACACAAAGGACAGCUCUCUGCAACAAUAGCAACCUCACGUCUGUUCCUGCGGGACUACCAGGCAGCACAGAGGAGCUUCAGCUCAAUUUUAAUCUCAUUAAGACACUACAGGGCAAUUGUCUUCAAUACCCCUCACUCACUACCCUCAGUUUAGCCUGCAAUAAUCUGGAGACAUUAAAGCGGAACACUUUUCAGCACUCCAAAUUGUUAAAAAGUCUCAAUUUUGCUAAUAAUAAUCUGUACGUCAGCUACGAGGAAACCAGCAAUGCUCUAAAGAUGCUACCCGAGCUCAAAUCUUUAGAUCUAUCAGAGAAUAAGAUGGAUGAAGAAAUGGCUGCAGUUCUUCUUCAAAAUCUGACGUCUUUGGAGUACCUAAAUCUUUCUGGAAACCUCUUGCAACGCAUCGAUGAGACCUCGUUUAGGGAUCUUCAACUACUCAAAGAGCUGGACCUGCAGAGGAACCUCCUGUUUGAGAUCGACAACGCCUUUGACAACACUCCCAAACUACAGCGGCUCAAUUUGGCCAUCAAUCACCUGCCCUGCCUGACUGACUUCCACAUGACCCAGCUGGUGGUUCUCAACGCCAGCCACAACUUCAUCGAGUGGUUCAUCUCCAGGCAGGACGUCAAUGACACCUUCCAAAUAGAGACGCUCGAUCUGUCCGAUAACAAACUGCUAUUUUUUCCUUUCUUACCCAACGUGAGCCGCUUGAGAAAUCUUUACCUGUCCUACAACAGCGUGAGUUUCUACGAGCACCUGGAGGACAACGUCACGUACCCAAACCUGACCACUACGGUGGAAUUCUACAACACGAUGAGGAACACUACGAACAUAACAGCUAGGCUGUGGGAUGACAACCUUCACGGGGACAUCUCCUCGGUGGAGAUGUUAGACCUGCGAGGAAAUCAGUUGCAGUACUUCCCACAAGGAUUCAUCCGGAAAAUGCCAUUCCUGUCUCGACUCCGGUUGUGUGGCAACUGUCUGGAAAGUUUGAAUCUGACUUUGGAGCAGUUCUCUGGGAGCUUGUUUGAGUUGGAUGUUAGCAACAACCGCCUGAAGGAGAUUGUGACCAAUGACGUUACACUGGGAACUCUUAGCAAUCUCACAUACCUCAACCUCAGCCUCAAUGAUCUUGACUGCGGAUCUUCUGGACUAUUCUUUGCAUUGUCAAGCCUUGGAUCAGUGGACCUGAGUUACAACAACAUCGGCACGUGUGUUCCUGACGAAGCUGAGGCCAGCACAGGCUCGAACACAGCGUCUGUGGACUGGAAAACAACCGUGUCCUUGAGGCGGCUUUACUUAAAGGGAUGCAAGCUCGGAAAAAUUCCUCCGUCUGCAUUCUCCGGCAUGUCUCUCACACAUUUAGACCUGUCUGACAACCCUGAGCUAAGUGGCCAACCGUCCAUACGAAGUUUGAGCAGCACAUUACAGCACCUAGGUUUGGGAAACACACACAUCGGGGACUUUGACUUCUCAGAUUUUCUAAAUCUGAAAUCUCUGAAUAUUUCUUACAAUUCCCUCUCACAUAUUCCCGCGUCGGUCGUAAAGUUGGACCUAAAACUGCUUGACUUGAGGGACAACAAGCUGUCUACUAUCCCCUCAGCUCAGGCCAAGACUUUAGCUUCAAAACUUCACACUGUUUUCCUCACAGGAAAUCCAUUCAACUGCUGCCAAACAGAAUGGUUUCGGACAUUUGAAAGAACAAAGACAAUCCAUGUGGUGGGACAGCCAGACAUGGAGUGUACAGAUCUCUUACGAAUCCACAGCAUCCUACAUUCCCGAUUGUUUCUGUGUCAAGAGGAAACCGGGGAAUCUAUGUUUUGGUAUAUUGUCCUUUUUGUUACCAUUUGUAUUUCUUUGGUGGGCAUUUUAUUGAUUGUGUUCCUUACUAUGAAGCCCAAAGUAAUACACAAGUCGAUCAAAAAGAAAUGUUUCAAGCCAACAUCCUAUUGAUGCUCUAAAACAAACCACAGUUCUGUCGCCACUGACAGAGGGGUCGCUCCCUUGCGUCUUAAAGUUGUCUUUUUUACUACACCACAAUAAAACUAAACCAUUCUUGUUCAGAGUAAAACUAAAUAAGACUCACUUCACAACAUUUCUAAAUAGGAUUGGGGCUAAACUCAAAACAGAAAAAGGUUAGCAUAUACUUAGCAUGUUGUGUAAGAUUGUAGGGGUGCUCAUAAAAAUUUGAUUCAAAUUUGAAGCGCACUUUUUAGUUCUAAAUUGGUUCCUAAUGUUCAAGAAACAAUAAAAAAAUGCAUAAAUACUAUAUACGGUACAAGCCAAAGGUUUGGACACACCUUCUCAUUCAAUGCGUUUUCUUUAUUUUCAUGACUAUUUACAUUGUAGAUUGUCACUGAAGGCAUCAAAACUAUGAAUGAACACAUGUGGAGUUAUGUACUUAAUAAAAAAAGGUGAAAUAACUGAAAACAUGUUUUAUAUUCCAGUUCCUUCGAAAUAGCCACCCUUUGCUCUGAUUACAGUUUUGCACACUCUCUGCAUUCUCUUGAUGAGCUUCAAGAGGUAGUCACCUGAAAUGGUUUUCACUUCACAGGUGUCAUAGUUUUGAUGCUUUCAGUGACAAUCUACAAUGUAAAUAGUCUUGAAAAUAAAGAAAACACAUUGGAAUGUAUUGUAUGUUUAGGAAUGCAUUUUCAAAACAAUGUUUUCAGGCCACCUCAGCGCUUGUUUUGUGUAGACGUCAGCAGUCAAGAGGAGCUUUUGUAACCUGUGAGGUUGAAUCAUUUUUAUACAAAAUAAUUAAAUGCGAGAACCGCAGUGAAUUAAGAAUUGUGUUGAAUCGAAUCAUUACCCCAAGAAUCGGAAUCGAAUCGUGAGCUGUAGGAAGAUUCCCAUUACUUUUGGAUUGGUUUUAUAAACAAAUUCUAAAAAUUUUCUGGAUGCGGUCCUG